AUGGCAAAGUCGCCAGCAACUAUCAUAAAGACUGUCCCGUCUGAACUUGCCUCGGAAAUUCUGGCAGACCCAGAUUCUGUUUUGCCAGCAUUCCCGGAAACUAUUACCCAAAGUCCCGCUCAAGAUGCUUCGACUCCCGAGACUGAAGAGUGCUUUGUGGCCCCAGCAGUGGCCUUCCAGCGCUUCCGCAAAUUGCCAGUGGAGCUUCGCGCCAUGAUCUUGAAAUUUCUCAUCGAAGACGGUUCGGAUGUCGAAGUCUCCCACACGGGUAUCACCACCGCCCGCGAUCGCCGCAACGAAUCAUCCUCCACCGAGCGCAAUACCCAAGCUUGGUGCAAGGUCUCAAGCCCACCACCAGCCAUACUUCACGUCAACAAGGAAUGCCGUGAGAUCUCUCUCAAGUCGUACAAGGUGUUUCGCUCCGGCAGACUCACAACUCCCUUCUACUUCAAUUCUGCUGCAGACAGAUUUUGCAUCACUAGCAUUGGAUGCGCCUAUGCGCUAAUGCAUACAGGUGGCCAUUCGGACACCUGGACUGCCCUCGGAGUCAAGUUCCUGGACAUUAGCAUAAGCUCAGAGCCCGAUAAGGAAUUCUACAAGAAGCUGAGCGGAUCUAGAAGCCUGCUGGCGGAACGGGCUAUCCUCAAGAAGACUUGGAAGUCGAUCAUCGAAUAUGUGGCUAGUUCCGUCCUGGUUCCUGUCACUACUGUCGUCGGUGCUAUCUCUGACUUUGAAUCGUGUACAUCGGUGCGGGUUUUGGGUACAGAUCAUGCGUGGUACAAGGCUCACACUGUCUUCAAAGAACAUGUUCCUGCUGAAAAGGGCCUGGUUAUGGUGGAGUGA